GUCGGGCCUUAUUGGAACUAACAAUUUAAUAUAAUCUCCAGGUAGCGUCCGAUUGCUGCUUGCUGAUUUUCUCAGCAAGAAUAUAAGAAUAAAAAAACAAUAGCACACGCACAAGAUGUUACAUCAGCACAUUUAUUUAUAUAUAAAUCCAUUCUUCUCUUUCUAAUAUAUAUUAUCUCAUAACUUGAUAUACUGAAUAUGACUAUCUCCAUGCUACAAUAUACUCAAAACUAAAACCAAAUGCUAAUCACAAAACUUUGCUCAGAUACUGAAAGUUCACACUUGUACAGUAGUUACACUUCUUAAGCUGAAAGGUAUCUAGUCAAAUAUCAAUUCUCCAGGUAGCAUCCCGAUUGCUGCUUGCUGAUUUUUUCAGCCACAACAUGAGAUUUAAAAAAAAAGAAAAACCAACAAUAACACACGCACAAGAUGUUACAUCAGCACAUCUCUUUUAAAUAGAAAUCCAUUCUUCAUAUUAUCUCAUAAUUUGAUAAACUGAAUACGACUAAAAGAAUAUUAUUUGUAGAUAAUUUAAUUUGAAAGCACUCAUCUCACCUUUAUAUAAGAUCAAGUACUUCAACACUCUUACCCCUCCACAUUUUUUAGUGAACAUUCUCUAGAAUUUCUCUUAGAUUCAAAUCGAAUAUCGCUGAUGAUAAAACUAGAGUAGAUAUUUUUUAUUUCCUACUUACAUGAGAUCAUAUCUUUGCUUUUAUAUCAAUUUCUCUAAUUUUGAUCUUACUCCCCAAUCUGAUAUUGUGGUGCUGGGUAUAUGUGUCGGCCUGUGUGUUGUAUUUUUGCUUUUAUUUGAAUUUGCAUUAUGCCCUUCUCGCAUUAAUUGUGUACUAACAUUUAUAGAGUUUUUUUUUUUUAAUCUUUCAAAACUAAAUUUUGUUUAGGUCUCAUUUGUAUGUACUUAAUGAAAAUCUGAAUAUGAAUGGUUGAGACUUUGACCAUUAAGUUAUUUUCAUUAUAUUUAAGCAUUUAAUUAGUAUUUUGUGUAGAUCAUAUCCACCAUCACCGGUUACCACCACUAACCAGCCACAUUUGCCAUCACUACUACCAUCACCACCGCCCCGUCUUUGUAGCCACUGCCACCUUCUACUAUCACUAUCAGCCUCUACCACGAUCAAUUCCCACCACCAACAAACUUCGCCAUCACAAAUAGCACCGCCGCUAACUAUCACUAUACAUUCUUCAGUCCCACCAUUACUGUUGUCACCUCCAUUGAUCACUAUUAUCAACCACUACCCUCCAUCAUCAUAACUAGCACCACCACCAACUACCACAAACACAUCAUUAAGUACCACACCACAUUCUUCAGCCACUACCAUCAAUCAAUUUCACCACACAUUCCAAUAAGGUCACCAUUCAAAAAGUUGUAAAAUAGAUAUAAGAUUGUGUAUAAUAAACCCACCUUUUCCUGAACUCCGCUACUCAUAGCAAACUUAGUUCACCGAGCUGCAGACAGAAGAUCCUAGUAUUAAACAUGAUGAUGAUUAAUCUUUUUGAAGUGGUCGUUCAGGUAGAAAACAGGGGAGAAAUUCCCGUCUAUCUGAAAGAGAAUUUCCUCUAUGCACUGCCAAGCCGCCACGGCCUUGUGAUCAGAGUAGACCCCUUCAGCACAAAGGUUAUGGCGGCGCAUACGUUCUUUGCCCGCAACAAGUCCUUUGGGAGACCCUCUAGCGUAGAGGUUCAUAUAAAUGGGAAAUUAAUUCAGCGGUUGACGCCGCAAACCUUUGUGCAUUACCCGAAGAUUAUCGUUGAUCGUUUUACUGAUGAAGAGGGAUCAACCAUCCGUGUGGUUCGUCCUCAACGAGCUCUCGAACUCUCUCGUUUGAGGGCCUUCAACUUUCUUGCUAUGGGAUUCAAAGAAAGAAAGGAGGUGUGGCUUGUGAAGAAGUAAUAGGACUCAGUCAGAUGCAUGGAUACUGCAGGCUACAGCUAGCAUAUAAACUCAUGCUUUAUUUUGA